AUGUUGAACAAGCUGCACGGCCAGCCCGACAGCUAUGACCGCAAGUUCGUGCCCCGCUCAUCUCGCUAUCGCUUCGGAAAGACGCUGGGUGCCGGUACCUAUGGUAUCGUCAGAGAGGCUGACUGCCCCGAGGGCAAGGUCGCUGUCAAGAUCAUCCUGAAGAAGAACGUGCGCGGAAACGAGCAGAUGGUAUACGACGAGCUAGAGAUGCUUCAGCGCAUGCACCACCCGCACAUUGUCAAGUUCCACGAUUGGUUCGAGUCGAGGGACAAAUACUACAUUGUGACCCAAUUGGCCACUGGUGGUGAAUUAUUCGACCGCAUUUGCGAGAAGGGAAAGUUUACAGAGAAAGACGCCGCAGAGACAAUCCGACAAGUGCUCGAUGCUGUCAACUACCUGCACCACAACAAUGUCGUCCACAGGGAUCUCAAGCCGGAGAACCUGCUCUACCUCUCACAAGAACCCAACUCCUCACUCGUGCUCGCGGACUUCGGUAUCGCCAAAAUGCUCGACUCCAAGAACGAGGUUCUUACCACCAUGGCCGGCUCGUUCGGUUAUGCAGCACCGGAGGUGAUGCUGAAGAAGGGACAUGGCAAGCCGGUAGACAUGUGGUCUAUGGGUGUCAUCACAUACACCUUGCUUUGCGGAUACUCGCCGUUCCGGUCUGAGAACUUGGCCGACCUGAUUGAAGAGUGCAAGAAUGGACGCGUGGUGUUCCACGAGCGCUACUGGAAAGAUGUCAGCAAGGAUGCGAAGGAAUUCAUUUCUUACCUGCUGCAGCCCGACCCGGCUAAGCGACCUACGAGCGAGGAUGCUCUCAAUCACAUCUGGGUCAGUGGAAAGACUGCGUCCGACCACAACUUACUACCUGAGAUCCGCGCCUACGUUGCCAAGGCACGACUCAGGCGCGGUAUCGAGCUGGUGAAACUAGCCAACCGCAUCGAAGCACUGAAGAUGCAAGAAGACGAAGAGGAAGGUGUGCCCGGCGAAGCAGACGUACCUGCAAACGCGACCGAGGCGGCGGGUGAGGCGUUAGCGGCACACGAGGAAGGCAAAGGUCUGACGACAACAGAGGCUGCAGCGCCUGGAUCAAGCACAGGCAAAGGCCCUGGACGCUUGAGCAGAUUGGCCAAGGGUGCCAUCUUCCGCGAAGUAGUGCUUGCCAAGGUCCGCGAGAUGAAGGAGACAGAAAAGCAGAAGGAGUUCGAGAAGCAGGCGACCGAGGCCAAGGCCUCCAAGAAGGCCUGA